UUCCGGCCUCACUCUGUGGUAACGGCGCACUUCCGGGGAGACGUCCCGCUACUUCCGCCCACAGCUGGUCAGCCGAAGAUGCCCAAUGGAAGCGCAGGUAGCUUCCGCGCAGCCCGCGUAGUGAUAUGAGAGAGGCGCUGUGAUAGGCUGGAGCCUGUAGCUGCUCCCGUUUCCUAUUGGUAGCUGCAGUUACCCGCCGGGCGGUUACCCCACGCUUCUUCUCUCACAACAAGUUCUGCAUCAGCGGCGCUCGGUGUGUCCACGCCGCCGUCACCCGGAGCCCAGAGGCGGAGGCGUGCAGACAGCGCCUUGGUCCUAGUAUAGGGACUGUAUACAGAGCCUGGGUCCUAGUAUAGGGACUGUAUACAGAGCCUGGGUCUUAGUAUAGGGACUGUAUACAGAGCCUGGGUCCUAGUAUAGGGACUGUAUACAGAGCCUGGGUCCUAGUAUAGGGACUGUAUACAGAGCCUGGGUCCUAGUAUAGGGACUGUAUACAGAGCCUGGGUCUUAGUAUAGGGACUGUAUACAGAGCCUGGGUCCUAGUAUAGGGACUGUAUACAGAGCCUGGGUCCUAGUAUAGGGACUGUAUACAGAGCCUGGGUCCUAGUAUAGGGACUGUAUGCAGAGCCUGGGUCCUAGUAUAGGGACUGUAUACAGAGCCUGGGUCCUAGUAUAGGGACUGUAUACAGAGCCUGGGUCCUAGUAUAGGGACUGUAUACAGAGCCUGGGUCCUAGGAUAGGGACUGUAUACAGAGCCUGGGUCCUAGUAUAGGGACUGUAUACAGAGCCUGGGUCCUAGGAUAGGGGCUGUAUACAGAGCCUGGGUCCUAGUAUAGGGACUGUAUACAGAGCCUGGGUCCUAGUAUAGGGACUGUAUACAGAGCCUGGGUCCUAGGAUAGGGACUGUAUACAGAGCCUGGGUCCUAGGAUAGGGGCUGUAUACAGAGCCUGGGUCCUAGGAUAGGGGCUGUAUACAGAGCCUGGGUCCUAGUAUAGGGACUGUAUACAGAGCCUGGGUCCUAGGAUAGGGGCUGUAUACAGAGCCUGGGUCCUAGUAUAGGGACUGUAUACAGAGCCUGGGUCCUAGUAUAGGGACUGUAUACAGAGCCUGGGUCCUAGUAUAGGGACUGUAUACAGAGCCUGGGUCCUAGUAUAGGGACUGUAUACAGAGCCUGGGUCCUAGUAUAGGGACUGUAUACAGAGCCUGGGUCCUAGUAUAGGGACUGUAUACAGAGCCUGGGUCCUAGUAUAGGGACUGUAUACAGAGCCUGGGUCCUAGUAUAGGGACUGUAUACAGAGCCUGGGUCUUAGUAUAGGGACUAUACAGAGCUUGGGUCUUAGUAUAGGGGCUGCAUAGGUAUACAGAGCCUGUGUAGUGGUGUAUAGCUAUUAAGAGAGCAUUUGUAAUAUAUAGAGACCAUACAUAAUCGGGAAAAUGCGUCAGAAGAACAAUAUAUGGGAGUACUUCGAUAGGCCCUCGGAUUCAGUAGCCAUCUGCAAGUUCUGUGGUAAGCAAUUAAAAUUUGUUAGCACCACCUCCAAUCUCAGGCAACAUCUUGUAAGGAAGCACCCCGAUGCACUGCAGCUGCUUGUCCCUGCUGCAGGAGUGGCCAAACCCAGAUUUGUCAACGUGGAUGGGCUCAUUCUGAAUGUGGUCCAAGUCUCGGAGGAAGCCGAAGCCACUACAAACGGUGACGAGGCACCACGGGCAGAGCCUGGGCCAUCUGCUCCGAAGGCAAAAAGGGCGGCGAUGCUGGCCACCAGAAUCCACGCAUUGGACAGAUACGGGCUCAGUAACGUAGUCACCCAGGGCCAGGUCCACCUAGCUGGCCAGAGCCAGGUCCACCUAGCUGGCCAGAGCCAGGUCCACCUAGCUGGCCAGAGCCAGGUCCACCUAGCUGGCCAGAGCCAGGUCCACCUAGCUGGCCAGAGCCAGGUCCACCUAACAUGCCAAAGCCAGGUCCACCUAGCAGCCCAGAGCCAGGUCCACCUAGAAGAACAGGGCCACUUAGCCCAGAGCCCGGAUCCCCUAGCAGCCCAAAGCCCAGGUCCCGUAGCCGUCCAGAUCCCCGGUCCCCUUGUAACCCAAGCAGUUGUUGAUAUGGUCUGUAAGGACAGUCAGCCAACUUACAUUGUGGAAAAUGCUGGAUUUAAUAAUUUAUUAAAAACGUUGGCUCCUCACUAUGACGUUCCGACUCGGAAAAGCAUCAAUCAACAUGUCAUGGAAAAAUAUAACACCCUAAGCGGCAUCAUGAGGAAGAAACUUGUAAACAAGAAGUGCACCCUUACGACGGAUGUAUGGACUGAUGACCAAAUGCAGAGUUUCCUUAGUCUUACUAUCCAUGCUUAUGAUGAGGAUGAACUACUUAGUGGGACAAUUGGUGUGUUACCGCUCGAGGAAGGACACACAAGUGAAAGCCUUGCCGAGCGUCUCAAGCAGUGCUGCCUCGAAUGGGGCAUAAGGCCGGAAACGGAGGACGUGACUGCCAUCGUGACAGACGGUGAUGGAAAUAUAAAAAAAGCAGCGGAAUUAGCGUUCGGAGAAGAAAAACACAUUCCGUGCUUUGUGCAUUCUCUUCACUUAGUUGUGGGCAGAUGUCUGGGAAUAGAGACCAUGUCACCCCUUCUUUCCAAAUCAAAGGCAAUUUUGACCUGGUUUAAGCAGAGCGUUGGGGCCAGUGAUGAGUUGCGGCAGAUCAGUGAGAACAGGCUGAUCCAAUUGAUCCCCAAGAGGUGGAACGCAACGUGUCACGUGUUUCAGCAGCUGAGAGAGCUGCAACCUUACAUCAGUGAGGUCAUCGACCAGCACCCGAGUGCGCCUCCCAUGCUGACUGCCUCCGAAUUUGAGGAUGUGAAUGAAAUACUUGACAUAUUAGAGCCUUUUGAAGCCGCAAUAAGACAGAUUAGUGGGGAACACUACUUAACAAGUAGCUUGGUGAUACCUAUUACUUCCAUAAUCCUUCAGGAACUUGAGAAACUACAUCCAAACAGUGAAACCCCAAAGGCUGUUCUAAACGAAGCCAUUAGUGCGAUGAAGGAAAGAUUUGGCAGCGUCGAGCAUGUCUUUUUAUUAGCGGUUGCCACAGUGUUAGACCCUCGCUUCAAGAAACUCUACUUCAGGGAUCCUACUGCAUUGUCCAAACAGGUCACUUUCCUGAGCAACUGGCUGACAAAGGAUUCUGCGGAAAGUGCCAAAGGCAACGACUUGUCAGGUUCCUCACCUGAAAGUGAAGAUGUUCAGAAACCAAAGAGAAGUCUUUUCAGUGACCACAACAAAAUAGUGCAAAACACCUGGCAACAACAUGAGGAGCCCACGAGUUCCGAGCUGCCGCAGGAGCUAUCUAUAUACUUAGGUGCUCCGCCGGAGAAAAUAGAGGAGAACCCUCUUAGGUUUUGGAAGCAAAUGGAGACGGCGUACCCUAAUCUAAGAAAAGUUGCAAGGCAGUAUCUGACAACCAUGGCCACCUCGGUCCCUUCCAAGCGGCUUUUCGACAAGGCUGGUGAAAUGAAGAGCAAAUCAAGAAAUAUAACGGAGGAAAAGCUCCUUUCAGAGUUACUGUUUUUGCAGAGCGUUACAAUCGGACAGGACUCUGGCGGACUCUGUGCUAUUUCCAGGCAACAGCCCCUUUGCGGUUCUUCUAAUGUCACGGCGCUUCCGGCUGUUGCCAUGGAGACUUGUGACAGCGUUUCCUCUUCAUCUAGACCACCGCCUACUGACUUCCUAGGUGCACUGGAUUUGCACAAGGAUGGCCAAGCGUCUCCGGCAGCAGCUGAUGGCUCAUCCCCCUCUGCUAGUUAUAGUAUGAUUCUCUCUGUGAGCUGACCUGUUGGAUUGAUCUUUCAUAGUUUGCCUAUUUGUGACAUUGGGUGUUGCUGCUGCCAACCCUAACACACUUCUUUUGUACCUGAGCAAUACCUUAUGACGAUGAGACUGUAUUACUUAGAGUAGAAGACCUGGGGCGUCAAAGUCCCGUUAAGCACAUCAAGCUGUAAUGCAAAGGUGGAUGUUCUAGGUAAAGACCUCCAGAAGCUGUAAUGGGGGGAUCUUAUCACCUCUUCACUGGUAUUGCUGGAAAAUAAGCUGUUUGAUUAAAGUUGCUUUAACUAAA